CAUAAACUUACGGAAAGGGACAACCAUAAACAUGAGGACGCUAGCCGCCCUUGCCGUCACAGCAUGUGUUCUAGUUGUGUGUUCUGGCCGAAAACUCGGAGAAACAGAAUCGGAUCUAGUAGCGGCGGCUAGCCACCAUAAAGGACACCAUCAUGAAGAGGGCGGUGGAAAGGAGCACCAUGCACAUCAUCAUCACGAACAUGGUGAAAAGGGACACAAAGGCCAUAAAGGACAUCAUCAUCACCACAAAGGUGAACAUGGUGACCACCACAAGCAUCACCACGAGGGACACCACCAUGAGCAUGGAGGUGGUCAUAAAAAGCAUUGGGAUGAACACGACCACCACGGCCAUCAUCAUGAUCAUGGCCACCAUCAUAAAGGUGGUAAGCAUCAUCAUAAAAAACACUUCGACAAAGGUGAAGAAACCGAAGGCUACCACAAGAAGUAUCACAAAGACGAAUAUCACAAGGAUCAUCAUUUCUAUGACGACCAUCACAAGGAAGGCAAACAUCACAAACAUGAAGAUCACAAAGGCCACCACCACAAAUACGGAGGACAUCAUAAGAAGGGAGGCCAUCAUGACUCCGGUCACCAUGAGGACCACUACGGAAAGAAGGGACAUCACGACAAGCACCAUUACGAUGAGGACCAUAAAGGAUACAAGGGUCACGGAGGGCAUGAAGAGCAUCACCACCACCAUCAUGACCAUGGCAAGAAAGGAGGCCAUCAUGAUCAUAAGCAUUGGGGAUUCCACCACGGCAAGCACUGA